AUGCUCGCCUCCAAACCAUUCUUUACGUUCGCAGCAAUCUCGGUGUUCGUCGUGAGUCUCUGAAUCUCCGGAAAAAGCUAAAUUCCCAAUUGGCAGACAAGCAUCUCGGGCACAAUCUGUAAUUCGUACCUCUUCUGCCGCUUCGUCAUUCGUAAAUCCGACGCGAAUGGCUUUCAAAAGAUUUGUCUCCUGAAAACAGUGACGAACCUUCUGAUCUGUUCGACAUUCCUUCUAUGGGUGCUGCCGGUCACUCUGCUGUCUUUCCACUAUUCAGACAUCAAUUACAUUGUGAACCGGGCCAUCGGCCUCAUUGCGCCGGAAUGGGCCUACGUGCUCAGUGAGUUCACAGUUACAUUCUUUUGGAAAUGUUCAACCUAAUCCUUCUCUCAGACACACUACUUCAAGUAUGCCUGUCGUGCAAUCGAUUCUACGCCUUAUACUUUCCACUGGGUAUACGGGUCUGCAAGAAGCGUCCCAUCGCGAACUUGUCAAUUUUAUGCUCAAUUACCAUUGCGUUCAUUUUCAGUGCCAUCACAAUUCCACGUAAGAUUUCUCGGCUGUCGGUAGAGAUAUCAAAAAGUUGUCAACUAGUAAAUUGCGCAGAAAGACAUUUUGUACAUUUUAUCAGUUGACCACUUUUUGAUAUCUCUACUGACAGCCGAGAUACACUGGUUACGGUAUUCAGCGGGUUGCGGCUACGUCUACGACCCCGAACUGUUCGUGUGGAGGGCCGAGGACAACGAGUGCUCCAGAAGGAUUGCCUCGAUAUUUCCCUUCCUAAUCAUCGGUCCCGCAUGCCUCACCAAUCUGUUCAAUGUUGCCACUGGAGCCCGUUUGCUAGUCCGGAAGAUGACCGGAAUGAGCAAAGAGAAGGCGGUGAAGAAGAGGAAACGAUGGAUGAUUAUGUUCGUGCAGGUACAUCUUAAACUCAAAGGAAACGACACAUUUGUCUUGUUUUGCAGAGUGUCAUCCAGGACUGUCUACAAUCUUUCGACACUGUGAACAGCUACUUCAUUGUUCAGUUGAAUGACGAACAAUGGUUUCAGUUUCUGUUCGUCACACUUUCGUUUAUCACGGUCACUGCACUGGACGGGUACAAAUAGUAAUGUGGAAGGAAGUAACCAAUAGUUGCCAUUUUCAGAUUUGUAAUGUUCAUUUGCCACUCGGACGCUCAUCCGUCAUGGUUGAAGCGGAGACUCAACAGAAGUAGCAUGAUCACUGCCGUUGUCUCCGUCACUACUUGA